GCAGUCGAUCGCAGAGGCCUCCUCCACUCUCUCCCCCUCUGUGUUUAUAUAUGUUUUUAAAAAUCUUUUUUGAGGGAAGCUGCCAAGCCCUAUCCCAAAGAGCAGGGACCAAAGAGCAAAAAUAAUGUACGCUUUCGUGCGUUUCUUGGAGGACGACAUGUGCUACGCGUUACCUGUGUCAGACGUGAAAGAUUUCCAGCCUGUGCACAAAAGAGAUUUUGACGAUCAGAAGGUGUAUGUGGUGCUGAGAGGUACAGGCCAGCCUGCAAAAGCACACAUCCUCGCCCUGGCAGAAAGCAUUGAGGAAUUUGAGCACAGUAUUAUGCAAAAGAAGAUGAAAAUACCCAAGAUGUCUAACAGAAACACAGUGGAGAAUCACUUUGGGGAGGAGAGAAUGCCCCUUAGACAUAAAAAGGUCCAGUUGCAGGAACAGCAGCGUUCCAGUUCCAACUCUUCAAAGAGCCUUGCUGCCGUGGUGGCACGACUGGAGAGAAACGCAGUGAACUCAUGCACGGAAGGGGAGGAACUGGACAGGCUCACAAAUGAGGAGGAGGAGGAAGAAGAAGAAGAGGAGGAAGAGCAGGAUGAGGCCGUGGUGCCUCGCGUGCUGUACGAGGAGCUGGUGCACAACUACAGGCAGCAGGAAGAGGAAAUGCGACGUCUGCAACAGGAACUGGAGCGCACGCGCAGACAGUUGCUGCAGCAGGCCAAAAAACUCAAGGAGUAUGGAAGUCUGCUCACCGAAGUCAAGGAGUUGCGUGACUUUAAUCGUCGUCUGCAAGACGUCCUGCUUAUGAGGCUUGGCAGUGAGCCGAUGCAUGACAAUGGUACACAGACAAUCAGACCAGAGGUGGUGGAGCCAAUCAAUGAACCACAGGAGGUGUGUCAAGAGGAGGCCAACACUAGCUCCACCCACUCCCCAUCUCCUAGGACCGUCUACACCUUCAAUGAUGGAAAAGUGCACUUGGGUGGAGGUAUAUGGGUGGAGGAAGAGAAGUGGCACCAGCUACAGCGAACACAAGGAGACUCAAAAUUUACCAAAAACUUGGCGGUAAUGAUCUGGGGCACAGAAACCCUAAAGAACCGCAGCGUAACUGGCGUCGCAACAAAGAAGAAAAAAGAUGCCCUUCCCAAACCUCCCCUCUCACCAAGCAAGCUGAAAAUCGUCAGAGAGUGUCUGUAUGACCGCGUGUCUCAAGAAACGGCCGACAGUGCGGAGAUCACCCAGCGACUAUCCAAAGUGAACAAGUACAUCUGCGAAAAAAUUAUGGAUAUCAACAAAUCCAUCAAGAACGAGGAACGACGAGAGUCCAAGCUUCUUAUCCAACAGACAGUGAAGAUGGAAAACUUCCCCUACGACGGCAUGUAGGGGUCUUGGAGUUGUCACCAUAGCUCAUUCUACUCCUCAAGGACUUCUGGUGGAGAAGGUGCACAUAAUCACUGGCGCUGCCAAUUGAGAUUUUCAUUGAUGCCCUCCCGAGACCUUGACCUGUCUUAAUCUUACAGACCCUGUUUUAAGCCUGUCUGACAGCUUUACCUCUCCCCACACUGCAUUAGCAUCCUGCCAUUCAUUCUGUGAGCGAAUCGAGUGGGGUGGGGCGUGGUUUUGUAAGCUUUGGGGUGGGUUGGAUAUUACGCGUGUUAGACAGGAGCGAUCCUUUAAAUCGUGUUCGUGAAAAAUGUGUUUGGCACAUCAUCUUGUGUUCUGUGUCAGAACAUGUACUAAAGAGAGGUUCCCUUCUGAAGUCUUCUUGUCUUAGGAGGGGUGUCAUUAAAUGUUGGCCUCAGAUUUGGAGUCUUAGAUGAGGUGGGUCACUUCAGAGGGACCGUGUGCUCUAAAGGUACUUAACAAAGAGAGUUGCACUUUUGAACAGGGUCACACCCUGCCUUGUCUUAAUGAGCGAUUGAUUUAAUUAAUCAAUCCGGGCCCAAUAGCUCUGUUAAUUGCUUUCAUGAGAUGACUACUGAUGGUCUGUUCUUGUUCUUGAUAGUUGUAAGGGAAUGAGAGAGGGUGCAUGUAGUCAAUGGUGCUAAAAAAUUGUCUUCAGAGAGGGAUUAGCAGCAUUUCUUUGGAAAUUAGCUACUACAAUUGUAUUUCGAUGCUCUUAUUUUUCAUCAGUACAUUUAUGGUGUUUUAUUGUGUUUGCUUAACCUACGUUUUGGUGCUGUCAGGUCCUGCCGGGAAGUCGUAAUUACGAUGCGACAUGCUUUUAGUUGUUUUGGACACAGCAUGAAAUAGAGAGGGCACAGUACUUGUUUUAUUAUGUACACGUUCACUUGUAAUAUUAGCUAAUCUUUUGUAUACAAAAGCAGCACAUCCAGUACAAUACUAUAUAAAUUGCGUCCAUAACUAAUUUUAGUGAACCUAAACAACUAGCUAUAGGAAAUUUUUAUUAUUAGGUCUGCAUAGAUGGUGACCGCCUAAGUCCUUUUACCAGCCAUAAAUUGCACUUGGGUAAGAUGGUAAGUGGAAAUCAGAGGUGGGCUGCAAGGCCUUCUUCCAGCUGGCAAUCAUUGGGAACUGUGUUCUCCGUUUUAUAGCAAGCUGUGAUUGUAAUAUGAGCUGAUAUUGCUUUAACUGCACUUUGGUGUGUGAAUGGAGAGACGCCAGGCACUGUGUGUGGAUGUGAGGUAAAACUGUCAGCAGCGCCAACCUCUUCUUCCCGACCAAACCAACAGCAGGAUCUCUGCUUCAGCCCACCUGUAGAGGGCACACUGUUAAGGGGAGAAAAUUAGAUAAUGUGAGCCACGCUUUCCACACUUUAUUCAUUUGUCUCUCCCCUAAGUGUAGCCUAUUUUUUUUAUUUCAUUAAUUCUUUACAAACCGUGUGGCUUGGCGUAAUGAAAACAAAACAAAGGAUCCUCCUUCAGAUUUAGGUUCCUGACUGUGAUGCCAUAAUUGCUAACUGUGAAAUAACCACAGAUGCCACGCCAGCCCACUAUCUGUUUUUUAUUUUGUUGAAUUAUUUUUUAUCAUUGAUUUAAUUUGUUAGCGGUGUGAAAAUUUCAGUGUAUAGUUGGAAUAUAUUCUCAUCGUUUGCAUCCAGGCCGCACCUUAUUUCACUAAAGCUCCUGGUUCGAAGCCGAGUCUAACAAUAUUGUAAUUCUGUCUUUAUCUUUGCUGGUUCAUAUAUAGUUUAUAAUCAUUUCUACUUUUUACAGUGUAUAUGUGACGUUUCGAUAUUAUCGUAGGGUACUCAUCUUUUUUAAAGAUUGCAGGGCACUUCAAGUACACAUCCUCUCUAUUGACAGAAUUUAAUAUUAUUGUGGAUUUUUACCACAGGUGUAUUAGUGCUUCAAAAACAUCAAUUUAAGAAUUUCACCUCACUGUGAGUCAUUCGUUCCAGAUUAUCUCUCAUUUCAUUCAGAGUCAUUUCCGUCUAGUGGCAGUCAUUGCCCAACUUUCCGUUUUGAGGAAAUCAUUGUCCACAACAUAGCACUUUAAUUCUAAAAAAAGACAUUUAAAUAUAUUAAUAAUACUUGUUUAAAGGAAAAAACCACCGUUUUUCAAUAUAUUACUAUGUUCUUACCUCAACUUAGACGGAUUAAUACAUACCUAUCUUUUUUCAAUGCAUG